CAACAAAACGAAUUUAAACAUAUCGUAUUUAGUAUAUGUUUGCUCUCUCCCUGUUGAAGGUGGUUCUGUGAUUUAAAUAAUGUUAAUAAAAUGGGCGUUUCAUGCUGAGCGGGAAGCAUACGUGAAGAUGAAGAAGUCGUGGUUUGCAACAUGUGUCUGCUGUUCGCGUACAUAAAUCCAGACCCAAAGGAAGGGGAUUACAAGGUGAUUUUGGUCAAUAAUCGCGAUGAAUUCUAUAACAGACCCACUAAGCCGGCCUAUUUCUGGGACACUGGUAUCUUGGGUGGGGCUGACAUGUACACAGGCAGGGAAGGAGGCACAUGGCUGGGUAUGACUGAAAACGGCAACAUUGCCUGCUUGCUAAAUAUAUUAAAACCAAGAGAAGAAUUCAUGAAAGACGGAGCCGCACGAGGUUUUCUUGUUGUGGAUUUUUUGCUGGGAAAAGAUGGUGGUUUUGAAUACAUGAAGAGAAUUGCAGAUUCAGGGGUAAAGUAUAAUGAUUUUAACUUGGUGAUUUUGGAACCAGAAGGUAAUAGCUACAAGAUAGGAUAUUUAAAUAGUUCGAAAAACACUCCACAAACCUUAGAGCCUGGAGUCCUCGGCUUUGGGAACAGUGUGGUUGAGAAACCAUUCAAGAAAGUUCAAAGAGGCAAGAAAAAAAUGGAGGAAGCCGUCAGAUCUUUCGGGAAGAAGAGUUGCGAGAAAGAGCUGAUCCGCGAGCUUUUUGACAUGAUGAAAGACCGUGAAAUGAACUUUCCAGACGACCAACUAAGUUACCAAGGUCGCCAACACGACAAGGACAUUCUAGACGAGUUGUGCAGAAUGUGGGUCACCUGUACAUCAAUAAACUAUGGAACAAGAACAACAACAGUCAUACUGGUGGACCACAAGGGCAAUGUUACAUACAAAGAGCAGACAAUGGAGGAACCCAUUGAUAUAAAUAAUGUCAAGUGGAAUGUAAACAGUUAUGAUUUUAAGCUCCAGAUAUAGGACAAGAACGAUAUGCAUAGUUUGUGAUUCUUUGCCUUAAUGAGUGAGAUGAAGAUAUGUUUAGAUAUUACUUCUAAGUCACCCAGCUAUUCAAUUAACCAAGAGAGCUAAUGGGUUUCGGGUCACAGACUUGUUAAAGUAGCCUUGCCAAAUUAAGGGGGGAGGGAAGAAUUUGAGAAAUGGAAAAGCCAUUUAUUCCUGUAGCAUUAAUAGGAGGAAGGGGAACAGACUAAAUCUCUGGGUGAAGUCAAAAAUUCUAUUUCCCUGUGAUAUGUAAAAAGUAUUUGAAUGUGUAAUGUUUGAAUUAAGAAUAUUCCAGUUAAUUUCUGGCCACAAUUUUGACAAAUCCUGUGGCAUUAGGAAUGUGAUACAGGUAAUGUUCCUUUUCCUAAUAAGCUCAUUCACAAAGAUAAAUACUCCCUUCUAUUGCACAUUUUCAUCAUUCUGUUCUCAGGGUUCUCUCUAAAAGAGUCUAAGGAGGCUCUUAUAACUGGAACAUCUUAACGUGGAAAUUAGGUGAUGUAGUUUGAUACAGAUUCUGAGGCCUGAGUAUAACAGGUUUAGGGAAAGAAGUGAACUAACGUUUCUCUGGUUUCUGAUUUGUUUAAUUAGUCAACAUGAUAUUUAUAACAGAUCAGCAUGUGAUUGUCUUUUUUCAGCAUGGAGAGUGAGGUGUUUAUGGGCAUAACAUGCUUUGUUAGAUCUUGUAACAUAUCGUUCAUGUAAAUAAGAAUAACGUUUUAUGUAACAAUUGUGUGAAUAUGUAUAAAGCCAUAAGUAUUACAAUUUAUACUUAGAGUAUUACAGUUUUAUUUUAUUAAAAAAAUUAUUUGUUAUGAUAGUGGAAUUGAUACAAAAAAGGAUUACCUAGGUCUAAGACCAAUAAAAAGUGUAUAAUAUAUAACUGAUAUGCAAUUAUGCAAUAAGAUUAUGAAAUUGAAGUGAGAGACAGGAAUUGUAUAAAUGUAACAGGACGUACUAGAUAAACUUGCUUAUAUACUCUGUAUAAACAGUGAGAAAUAAAUGUGAAAAAAGUG